CUUUGGCGUUGCCGAAUAAAAUGAUAAUUGAGUACCAGUUUCUGAGAGGAAGAGCAAAGAGACUUAACGACAAAAACUGAUGGACCAUUACAUCUUCCAAAAUGAGCCUAUUCACGCUUUUCUACUGGAAACUAACAUGUCUUGAAGAGAGAAGAAUUCAGUGCUGGACUCUCCUGACCAUUCCUGGUGGUGCAGCUCCAGAGAACAGCUGGGUUUACCUGACUUGAAGAGGAGGCAGAUGUGCAGGAAGCCACGAGGACAUGGGCUUUCAGUGCAGCUGGAAGAAUGAUCAGGUACUGGGUCCGUGUGUCACAUCUGAAUUGUGUUGUACUGAUUCUCUAAGUACCAGCUCAGCCCAUCUCCUUGAUGCACCCUCACGGCAUCAUGGCCAGUACUCAGGAGCGCCUGAGCUUGUCUUCCUCUCCAACCUCGGUGGGGGGCAAAGCUUUCUGUGAAGAUAAAGACUUUGGGAGGUUACAGGAUGACCACGCACCUACUGGGAGCCACCCGUCCCCCGAGCUCAUCGAGGACGUGCGUGAGAAGGGCUUGCUGCAGGCAGACCUCAUGGAGAACGUGAGCAGCCCCGUCACCGCAGCCGUGCUGACCAGCAUCAGCGAGGACUCUAGGGACCAAUUUGAGAACAGCGUGCUGCAGCUGCGGGAGCAGGACGAGGCUGAAACCCCCAUUCCUCAGGGCAACAGGAACACGGUGGAUGGAGAGAGCAACAGCGGAGCAGACGACGUUAAAGUCCAGUUCAACAGAUCGGGCAGCGGGAGCGGUGGGUUUCUGGAGGGACUUUUUGGUUGCCUGAGGCCUGUGUGGAACAUCAUAGGCAAGGCCUACUCCACCGACUACAAACUGCAACAGCAAGAUACCUGGGAGGUCCCGUUCGAGGAGAUCUCGGAGCUGCAGUGGCUGGGCAGCGGCGCGCAGGGAGCCGUCUUCCUCGGCAAAUUCCGGGCGGAGGAGGUGGCCAUCAAGAAAGUGAGAGAUCAGAACGAAACGGAUAUCAAGCACUUGAGGAAGCUCAAGCAUCCUAACAUCAUUGCGUUCAAGGGAGUUUGCACUCAGGCCCCGUGCUACUGCAUCAUCAUGGAGUACUGCGCACACGGGCAGCUCUACGAGGUCCUGCGAGCGGGGCGGAAGGUCACCCCUCGGCUGCUUGUGGACUGGUCCACGGGGAUCGCCAGCGGGAUGAAUUAUCUGCACCUUCACAAAAUCAUCCAUCGAGACCUCAAGUCACCAAAUGUUUUAGUUACACACACAGAUGCAGUAAAAAUUUCAGAUUUUGGGACGUCGAAAGAACUCAGUGAUAAAAGUACCAAGAUGUCUUUUGCUGGAACUGUGGCUUGGAUGGCCCCGGAGGUGAUACGCAACGAGCCCGUCUCCGAAAAGGUGGAUAUCUGCAGAGGCUGGCCCAGGCUAAUCUGCCACCCCUCCAUUGCCACCUUGGAGAGCUGCUCUGGGAUUUUGACUCUCCUGAUCCUCACCAGCUGUGUGUUUUCUUUCUUUGCCAGGGGAGUUUGCACUCAGGCCCCGUGCUACUGCAUCAUCAUGGAGUACUGCGCACACGGGCAGCUCUACGAGGUCCUGCGAGCGGGGCGGAAGGUCACCCCUCGGCUGCUUGUGGACUGGUCCACGGGGAUCGCCAGCGGGAUGAAUUAUCUGCACCUUCACAAAAUCAUCCAUCGAGACCUCAAGUCACCAAAUGUUUUAGUUACACACACAGAUGCAGUAAAAAUUUCAGAUUUUGGGACGUCGAAAGAACUCAGUGAUAAAAGUACCAAGAUGUCUUUUGCUGGAACUGUGGCUUGGAUGGCCCCGGAGGUGAUACGCAACGAGCCCGUCUCCGAAAAGGUGGAUAUCUGGUCGUUUGGGGUAGUUUUGUGGGAGCUGCUUACAGGAGAGAUUCCCUACAAGGAUGUGGACUCUUCGGCCAUCAUCUGGGGAGUGGGCAGUAACAGCCUGCACCUUCCUGUCCCUUCCACGUGCCCAGAUGGCUUCAAAAUCCUCAUGAAGCAGACCUGGCAGAGCAAGCCCCGGAAUCGUCCCUCCUUCCGGCAGACACUGAUGCACCUGGAUAUCGCGUCCGCUGACGUGCUGGCUACUCCUCAGGAAACCUACUUCAAAUCACAGGCUGAAUGGAGAGAAGAAGUGAAGAAACAUUUUGAGAAAAUUAAAAGUGAAGGAACGUGCAUCCACCGGCUAGAUGAGGAGUUGAUUCGUCGUCGAAGAGAAGAGCUGAGGCACGCGCUGGAUAUCCGUGAGCACUAUGAGAGGAAGCCCCUGUUGCCAGAUCUCCUGAAGUCAGAGGGCAUCCCCAGCACAGAAGCAGCAUCCAACGGCUCACCAGUCUCAGGAAGUCCCAAGAUGUCCACGCUGAGCGGCAAAAGCCGCUACCGCAGUAAGCCCCGCCACCGCCGAGGGAACAGCAAAGGCAGCUACAACGAUUUUGCAGGGAUCUUGAAAAACCAGCCAGCGCAAGAUGAUGCAACCCCCCUUCCUCCUCCUCCUCCUCCUCCUCCUAGUCAUCCUCAUCACCCCGGCCUCCCGCAGCAGCCUGGCCACAGCCACCCCCACCACGGCCACCACUCCCGCCUUCACGCCCACGGGCAAGACAUCGCCAACUGCGCCAACAACUUACGGUACUUUGGGCCGGCGGCGGCGCUGCGCAGCCCUCUCAGCAACCACGCGCAGAGGAGGAUGUCCGGCUCCAGCCCCGACCUCAUCUCCACCGCCAUGGAAGCCGAUUGCAGGAGGAACCUGGAGAGCCAAGAGAGCCAAGGCGAGCACUGGGAGUGCUGCCAGACGGAUCCCUACGGCUCCUGCGCUCAGUGCAGGGAGGAGGACAGUGCUCAGGUGCAGAUGGCAGCGGGCGAAACGGGGGCGAGCCGUUCGCAGUCGCCGGCGUCCGCUUCCCUCUACGAAAACGCCCAGUUCAUGGAGAAGAUGGAGGAAGAGGCCUUCAGCAACUCCAAGGCGGCGUCCGCCCUCGGCACUCCCCAGCACAUGGCUUCCUCCGUGCUGCCUUGCAAAGCCAGACCCCUUCAAAAGAGCGGUGACGACUCCUCGGAAGAGGAAGAGGGCGAAGUAGACAGUGAAGUGGAGUUUCCUCGUAGACAAAGACCUCACCGCUGCAUCAGUAGCUGCCAGUCCUACUCCACCUUCAGCUCCGAGAACUUCUCCGUCUCAGAUGGAGAAGAAGGGAACACAAGCGACCAUUCGAACAGCCCAGAUGAGCUGGCCACCAAGCUAGAAGACGAGCUGGCCGAGAAGCUGGAGGACAUGUUGUCCCAGACCCCAGAGAUCCCCAUCGAGAUCUCCACCCAGUCUGAUGGCCUUUCCGACAAGGAGUGCGCCGUGAGGAGGGUCAAGACUCAGAUGUCUCUGGGCAAACUUUGCGCCGACGAACACAGCGGUGAGACCCCGGCGCAGUUUGGAGAAUCAGACUGUGACUCUUCUGAAGGGGAGUGUUCUGAUGCCACGGUCAGGACCAAUAAGCCCUGCAGCUCUGCUACUUGGUAAUACAGAUCUCCCCCUCCCCUCCCCCCCCCAAAAAAAGCUUCCCGAGACCGGCAUUUUGAUUUCCCUGAGAUUCCACUUCAUUCCCCUUCAUCACACUUUCCAGGAAGAGAAGAUGCUUCUCCUCCCCACCCCAGGAGUGAUUUGCAAUAACCCCAAUCUCUGGAAAACGUCCAAAUGAAAUUAAUUCUCUUUGAGCAUUUCAAUCAAGAAUGGCAGGGAUGUAUUUUAUUGAAUAAUCUAGUUACUGUAACAUGGAUAUUUAUUUUUUUGACAUUUUAACACUUUUUACUGUAAAGAGUGGAUUGUAUUUAUAGACAUACAGACUCGUUGCAAAAAAAAAACAAAACCACAAAACAAAACAAAAAAAAAACCAAGUUCAGAAAGCAAG